UGAACAAUUCGCCCUCGAAUCGGACACCGCUAGUAGCGAAUAUGUCCAAAUGAUUCAUUAUUACAAAAAGACUGGUUCAAAAGAACGACUCAUCUGUGAAACAAGUUACCAUCAAACUGAAGUUGUUGGCGGGUGUCAUUUUUUGUUUCUAGCGGACCCACCGAAGCAGAGUGGGGGAUUUUCAUGAUGGUGAGAUCCAGAGCUGAAAGCGAAAGCGGGCGUCGUGCGGCAGUGCUGUAGCAGUUACUGGUGCUAGCGUUCAAACAAACACAUCAUGGAAAAGAGCGGAUUUAGAGCGAUGUUACUAGCGAUCUCUGAUAAACUUACUGAAGACAAUUUGACAAGUUUAAAGUUUUUGUGCACCGACAUCGGGAAGAAAAGGCUCGAGAAAAUCAAUAAGGGGAUUGAUCUUUUCGAGUGCUUGAUCGAAAAAACUGCAAUUGGGCCUGAUAACACGGAACUUCUGCGAGAACUUCUAAUCCAGAUCGGUCAGAGAGUUCUUCUGGAAAUAAUAGAUGAUUAUGAGAGAGGGGCGACUGGGGGCCCUGCUGGUGUACUGGACGCGAAAGAGCGAGAAAAAAUAAACAUUGCAACUGAAGUAAUUGUUGAACAUUUGGGUAGAAAGUGGCUUCAAUUUGGAAGAAAACUUGGACUUAAGCACACUCAGCUGGAAGGCAUACAGGAGAAGCACAGCCGUGACCUGGAGGAGCAGGUGAGGGAGCUCAUCAGACAGUGGAUGAAGAUGAAGAAAGAAAACGCCAGAGUGGAGGAUCUCAUCAAAGCUCUUCGGGACUGCAAACAGAACCUCACCGCUGAUCUUGUGGAGAAAAACCUCAAAGACCUUGAUGCACACUAAAAAAAAUAAUCACUGUUCUAUUAUAAAACAACAGAACUUUGGGGUUAAUAAUGUGAAUUUCUUUUCGAACUGCAGAUGAACUGAAUUAAAUUGUGUCUACAGAUCUUUCUGAAUUAAUUGUACACGUAAAUAUUGCUUUAGAUAAUAUAUUUUACAUGAAAUUGCAAGGCAAGAAAAGGAAAUUCUUUGAAUAAGUGACAAAAUCAGUAAAUACAAGAACAGUGUUGUGUUAUGUGUUCUGUAAAAACUGAAAAAUCCUUACGCUUUGCAAGAGUGAAUGAGAACUGUCUAUUAAGACAAAGGAUGUACCACAUUUACAAAGGAAUAAAGGGACUAUGAUGUAUGAUUGAACAAUGUGCCUCAUGACAGGCCUUUCAACUGUUUGAUGAAGCAUAUUUUGAGUCAUAACUUUUACUUAUUCUAUACGUCACGGUAUAGAAAUGCUCAAUCAUUAUAUUUACCCAGGUUGUUCCAUCUAAAUCCUACGAUUUAAAUAUUGCACAAAUAGGCUGUCAAAGCAAAGUUCAGUACUCGUCCUCAGACUGCCUCACAGUGGCGUGUGUUCAACAUGUUUCAGUCACCUGACAUGUCUUAUCAUUUGGGAACAGUUUAUUUUGAGUCAUCUCUGCUUUGUCCCACACCGGUUGUAUAGGUUGAGUUUCCCAAAAGCAGCCUAAAUGGCUUGUAUCGAGACCACUGGUGCCAAUGGUUUCUACUUAAAGGCUGGAUGGCACUACACGAUUUUUAAAACCUGAACAAAUAUUAAAACUAGGUAUCAUUCAUUUGCAGACAUUGUAAAUGUUUAUAAGAAAAACUGGGCAUCAUAUACUAAAUAACACAAACUCACACAAAAGCACAAGUCAUUGCUGAGAGACACAACAAAUGAAAACAAUUGUUUUAAAAUGGCUCGGAAUUUCAUGUUUAAUGUUCUCCAACCGGACAGAUUCAUAAUCUACAGCUAAAACAAAACAAAACACUGACUACAUGAUUUUCAGUGAACUCUAUCAACUCAGACCGUCCAAAAUCUUCAGACUGGCUCUGACUCAAUUCCUCCAGACUGCAAAUGGGGGCAAUAAUUCAUUCGGCGUUUAGCUUUAUGAUGCUUUUGGGAAACACAACCCAGGUCAGUUAGAACAGUUGAGCUCAAAUUUUGCUAUGAAUUCAUAAACCGAGCUCAUGUAACGGUUCUUGAUGCUUAGAUUUGAUGUUGCUGCUUUAUAAUUCAUCUAUUUGCUGUUUUUGUUUGUCAGUGUGUACAUCUAUGCAUGUGUACAGCAAUGCAGAUCUCCAGUAAAUUUCCAGAAUUGCAAUACUUUUAAUAAUAAAUCUGCUCAUAUCUCUAAAAAGCCACAAAAUAUUCAGUGCAAUAGUGUUUGAGUUCAACUAUU